AUGGGAUGGGUGGACCAGGUGAUGCGCCUGGAGCCCGGUGAUCGGGUCAAUGCCUUCUUCAAGGUCAACGACGGGAGGCUCCGCCUUUGGAAGAACGGCCUCCCUUUUGACUUCGAAACGCGGCUGGAAGAACUAGAGCACAGUGAUCGGUUGUGGCAUCGGCCGGGGGUCUGUCAUCGCACCAAACCUUGGAGCAUCCAACUGGAGGUCGGCAGUGUGGCUGACGUGCAUUUCGAGGUUGGAGAUGAUGGCCGAAGGAGCACCAGCACAGACAUUGGCAUUAUCCUCUCCGAGCCCAUGGAUGGCCGGGUACAGGUUCAAUUCCAGGACACCAUCCAGCAGACGGUGCCCUUGGGCUGGAUCGUGCGCCUCCGCGAGUGGGCCGUCGGUGACCGCGUCCAGGCGCACUUCAAGACCGGGGGAGGUGAGAAGAGCACCGACACGGAUGUGGCCACAGUGAUGAGCUCAUCUCUUUUGGAGGUGGAGCUCUACUUUGAUGAUGGCAUCCAGCAGCAUGUGUCCAAGGCUUGGGUCACUGAGCGAAUCCGGGACUGGCAUGCGGAGGUUUCAGAGCUUGCGCCGGGCGACGUGGUCAUCGCCCACUUUAAGCGGCCGGGGAACCAUUGCCGCAGUGUCCAGACGGACCGUGGCAUCGUGGUCUCGAUCCUGCCUCGUGGGGAGGUCUCAGUGACGUUCCAAGAUGACAUCACUCAAGUGGUGCCCAAAGGCUGGAUACAGGCUGUGGCCACUCGUUGGACCGGGCAAAGGGACGAGUUUGCCAAGGACAAGGCCGAAAUCGUGGCGUUCGAGUCCAAGCGCCUGUCCCGAGCGGAGCCUCAGAGCGCGGCGAGAACCGAGACGAAGCGAGAAAGAGGUGGAGCAGCGGAGCAUCCCCCGUUUUGGGCUGAGCAGGGUGGGUCCACGAACCGUGUGCAGGAUGAUCUCUUCAAGGUUCAUGUUGAAGUCAUCCCAGACGCGGUGGAGGUGUUUUGGGAACAAGCCCGAGAUUUGCUGUCAGCCAUCACAUGGGCCCGGUUGAGCCCGACGGGUGGAUUGACAACGGACCUGAGUCACUCACUUUGCGAGGUCUAUACCGCUGUGGGGGGUUUGAAGCUCACCGGAAGAUCUCCAGAUCUCCCGAUCUUCUUGCGCCAGCGAGCCAACGCGGCGGCCGCCUCUGGCGCAGGAAGCCAUCGACCAGGUCUGCAAGUUGCAUGGCGAUUGAUCUUCCAGGAGCGCGUCGACCAUACGAUGGGCCUGGUCUCAGUGCCAAGCUUUGCAGACAUCUCUCAACCUGAGCCGCAAAGGCAGAGCUUCACCUUUGCCCUGGCAGUGGAGAAGUCAGCGAACUGCGCCUGGGCGGGCGUUUUUGGAGAAGGCUUCGUCAACGUGGGGCUGGUGGAGUGGGUCGCUGCACGGAAGGAUUCUGCAGAGGCCAGCACCGCGCACGCAGUGAAAUCUGAAGCGGAGGACGAGCAUCGACACCCGUCCAUGCCAUGUUUCUUCCUUGGGAUUUGUGUCAUCGGAUUUCUGAAGGGUGUGCAGUGGUUCGGCAACGCCGCCAAGUUCCCGUUGUUUCAGGAGCUUCGAUUCCGCUGUGACUACCACUUGAACCGCCAUGGGGAGAUUGCGCAGGUGAAAGUGUGGUUCCUGCCUUCCCCCCUGAACUUCGAAUAUGGCGGCGAGCAAACCAUUACGGAGCGACGUGCACAGGUGGGAACCGCGAUGCCAGGACAAGAAGAUGAGAUCGCUCUGGGUGUAACGCCUCAGAUGGGAGAUCGCUCUCGGUGGAGCUUUUCACUGGUGAUCCGGUGGCUGAUCGGCGAUCACCUGGCUGAUCCGGUGCGACACGGAUUGGGUGACGAGCGAAAGCUUCUGCAGCGGAAUUCAGCGGUCUUGUGA